GUCCCCACCCUCAUCUGCACAGUUAACCAAGUCCCAAGUGCGGCAAGUGGAAAACUGGCGAAUAAAGCAUGGUCAAAGUGCCACACACAAAAAAAGGUGAGGAACAUGAAUACAAAAGACAACCCACUCAGGUACUCUGCGAUGAAUCUCUGUUUAACACAGCAGCCUACAAGUCACGCAGCCAUUUGAUUUCGGUAAUAUUGGAGAGGUCCAAGGAGAAACUACAGAAACAGCAGUUACCGCUAGAGGGGAGAGGGGACGAAAGGAGAGGUCAAGUGCUCUUGUCCAGUCGUCUGGUGACAUUGUCUAUCCUGCCUCGGAUGCUUCAUCUUGCGAAAUUAAAUUGUAUGUAUUGCAGCAAGAUGUAAUUAAACCGCUGCUACCAAAAAAGCAAGGGGAAUGUGCUUUGAUGCCGAUGUGUCCCAUCCGUUAACUUUCACAGAAGAGGCGGAAAGGGAAAUCCUUGAAAGAAACUUCGUUAGUGAUAAAAUUAAUGAAAUGACUGAGAACGAAUUUAUACAUUAUCAAUCUCACAUGAUCGGUCAUGUAGAAUCAGUCAUCAUCGAAGAAGGCAGGGAAUGUGAAGGGAAAGACCAAGAACAAACAAAUACCACAUUAAGAAGGUCAAGACGAGCAAGGAAGAGGGCAAAUUUUGACGAGUUUAUGUAUUAUGAUGAUUGA